UUGGUUAGGGUGGUAGCAUAACGACCUAUCUAUCUGCGAUCAACAAGCGACGCAAAUAAGUGAGUGAGUAAAUUGCGUCACUCUUUUACUAAAUGAGCGACGCAUAUGAGCUGUGUACAACAUUAUAGAUUUUGUUAUUUGCGUCGCAUUUUUAUAAUUAAGUGACGCAAAUAACUCUUUUGGUUUUAGGUUAUUUUGCGUUUUUGACCUUAGCUUUUCAUCACGUACGCCUACAUUUCAAUAAACAAAAAGAAAAAAACAAGAGUUCUUCAAUUCUAGUGAAAUUCUAUAGCAAAACACCCACAAAUUCAUCCUUGAAAUCCAACAAAUUCGGCCAAAAACUGCGAUUCCCCAGCAAAUUCAACAUCCAAACUCGCAAUCAAGUUAAAGACCCAUAAUCGGCAGCAAAUCCGAGCAAUUUCGAGCAAAAAUUUAGACCAAAACCCUAAGAACUUCGAACCCUUAAACCCAGAAAAAUUGAUUGCUUUCGACCAAAAAUCCCCCAUUUCAAGCAAAAAAUCAACUCAAAACAAUACGAAUUCGAACCCUAGAAACCCCAAAAAAUUCAAUUUCGGUCUUCAAGUUCGAUUAGAAUGACCGAAAUUGUUGAAUUUGUGAAGUAUGACUGAAAUUACAGCAAAAAAUAGAAACCCCACUCGAAAAUUUUCAGUCAUAAAUAGAAAUUGUUCGAAUUUCAGUCAAGAAAUUACAGCUACAAUAAUUGAAGUUCGAUUUCGGCUUGACAUUGUUGAAUUUGUGAAGUCAAUUUCACCUAAGAUUCUUAAUUAUGCGGAAGUGAAUUCCACAAGUUGCUCGAGGUUCUGGUUGUGGACAAACGAUUAAGGCGGUAGUACGCAUACGAGAUUGUCUUCACUUGUGGUAAGUAAUAAUGGAGGAUGAGGAUAUGCAUAAUCGUUCCAUGUCUUCGCAAGGUGAGGAAGAUGAGCCACACAAUCAAUCACAAUCAGAGCAACAAACAACCGACUCUUACUAGAAGAAAAAGAAGCCAAGAGGUCCUUCAAAGGGCCUGAAAUCCAUGCCUGGGGCUCCUAGAGUGCUUGAAUGGGAUGAAUUGUGUCGACCCAUUGGAAAGUGGGAAAAAGCAUACAAAACUCAUCUUGGUGAAAUAAGCCGUGCAAAGGUGUCUAUAUUGUAUAAAGAUUGGAAUCAAGUUCCACAAGGAAUAAAAGACACUUUGUGGGAAGAUGUUAAGAGAGAGUUUCAAAUCGAAGAAGAUGAAGACAAGAAAAAAAAGGUCCUACGCACUUGUGAUAAAACUUGGAGAUAUUUUAAAACAAAAUUGGUCAGUGGUUUGAUCACAUGUCCCAAGAAUAUGCCGAAUGAGAAAAGAAUGGCGUAUGUACUCUAUGAUUUCAUAUCUGCGGAUAUGUGGAAAACAUUUGUGGAGGAGCAUAGUACAGAUGAUUUUAAGGAAAUCAGUGAGAAGGCAAGACAAAGCCAGUCUUUCAACGAAUACCCUCACCAUUUAGGAGCCAAAUCAUAUGGUGAAAUGAAUAUUGUAUGGCAUAGAAAAGGGUAUAUUCCCACAGCAUCUUCAGCAUCUAGUACUUCAUCUUGUUCUUCGGUUGUGUCUAGUUUGCCGGAUAGGACAUAUGCUUGGCUUCUAGCAAGAUCAAUAGAAGAUGAUAAGGGAAAUCCUUAUUUGCCGGAUGAGAAAACAAGAGAGAUGAAAGAAUCCAUUGAUAAUUGGAGAAAGCAACAAGCUGAUGGAAAAUUUGUUCUUAAUAGGAAUGAUGAUAUCUUAUCUCGUGCCCUUGGGAAAAAAGAUCGUAAUGGUCGGGCAAUAGCAUUUGGCAGUGGAAUUGGCAUUAAAGCUGUAUGGGGAUCCGGAGAGAGGCGUAGUGGCCGACGGGGUAGGGAAUUUGGAGAUGCUGAGCUGGAAGAAUUAGAGGCAAGAGUAGCCCGGAGGGUACGAGUGGAGACUAUGCAGGAGAUGGAUUCUAAAAUGGAUUCCAUGGUUCAAGAGAAGUUUAUGUUAUUUGCUAAAUAGAUUGGUUUUCAAAUUCCAACUGAAUUGAUGGAAAUGAAUAACAUAGGCCGGACGACUCAACAAAAUCCUAGUAGUUGCCAAUCAGUGGGUGAUGAUCCAUUUGCAAACAUACAGGUAUCCAAAACUUUAUUAUUUUAUAUUUUUUAUCUUUUUUUUGGUAAUGAUUUAUGACUGCGACAUACUUUUAACUUUGUAACUCAGUUUUUUUUUUUAAUAAUGAUUUUUUUCUAUCUUUAUAAGGAAACGGUUCCAUGUCGGCUAUCAUUGUUGAAAAAUGACUAUGAGAAAUUCAUUGUCGCUGAAGGUACAUAUCAUCCGGAGUUAAUCCUUGAUCAUCAUAGUAACCUUAUUCCAGAUCACGUGUGGGUAAGUGUUGAUGAUUUUUUUGACGAGUUCAAAGAAUUCUCGGUUCCAGUUCCUUCUUCAGUCAUCAAGAAACUUAAGCAUGCUCACGGUACAUUUACCCAAUGGCCGAAAGACUUGGUUUCACUCAUGCAUGACAAGGUGAAACUAUUAAGGUAAAGGUUGAUGCUUGGACCUUUAGUUAUGACGAUAAUAAGGACAUCAUUAUCAAACGUGAAGAUGUCAAUCAACUUCUCACGGGAGCUUGGCUGAAUAUUUCAAUUUUGCAAGUUUUUAUGAUGGCCUUGAGUGACUUACUCGAUACGAUGGAUGUGGCUUCCAUUCGAUUCAUGUGUCUGGAAAUGAUUUCAGAAACCUAUUUGCAUAGUGAUGCAGAUCGUAUCCUACUAUACAUGGCACAUGUGAUGGAAAAACAAAAAUCUAAGCAGUUCAUCUUAUGCCCAUACCAUGAAAAGAAUCAUUUGGUUCUUUUGGUCUUAUGCAUGGCUAAGCGUGAAGUCAUCAUCUUUGAUUCUUUGAGGCAGAAGCGAAAUUUAGCAAUUAAGUUUUCAAUGACAAAGUAAGUCUAGUUUGUUAUUAAUGUCAUGAUUUUAUGUGUGUAAGGAUAAUAUAUAUGUUAUUUGUUUCAAAUGUGUAGCGCUUUUCAAAGUUUCAAGGCAUUAAGUGGACAAUCUAGGGGAAGUAAAUUGACAUGGCAUUUGGGACAGUGUCCUCAACAAUUGGGUGGACGUGAGUGUGGCUACUACGUCGUGCGUUAUAUGUACGAAAUACUUGAACAUCACCAUAGCAGUGAGGAUCUUAUUCAGGAUUCUUCAAAAACUACACCAUACACCGAGGAGGAGAUAAAUGAGAUUCGAGAUAUUUGGGCAGAGUAUUAUAUGUAAUGUUGAACUUUAGAUUUACACUUAGCGCAUGUUGGACUCUUAUUUUGGAUUAUAGGCUUGACAUGAAUGAUUUUGGUUAAUUGGUGUUGGGAUGAUGAGUAUAAUGUCUAUGAUAUCGAGAUGUAAAUUAUUGGACAGGUUGUUAAUAUAAUGUCGUCAUUCCCAAUUUUAUGGGUAGGCCAAAAUACAAAGGAGACUCUGCCGAAAUUUACAUUUGCAUUAUUCAAUAAUAUUGCAUUUUAAUUUCAA